AUGAUUCUGUUGAUUGAACAUCUGGUUGUUGCUGUGGUGUUUCUCGUGCUACUUGGUGUCUAUCUGCGGAAUGGCGCUUGGGAGACAUUGAGAACUGUGUUAGUGGCAAUCAAACAGAUUCCCUGGGUCGCUGAAAGUCUGGAGUCAGUUCUGAAAUCAGAAGCAACAAAUUUCAUCAAGACAACUAAGUUAGCUUCAGGAACUGGCGAGAAACCUGCUAAAAUUUGGAUCCCAAAGAAAGGCAUGACCAGGGAAGAGAUUUUAGCCAAAAUGAAGUCACUGAAGGAGAAGGAGACCAACCACAUGGAAGGCAGAAUCUUCGCUUACACAUAUACACUGGCAGAUGAUCACUUUCAGCUACAGAAGGAAGUGUUUGAAAUGUUUACAGAACAAACAGGUCUUUCUCCAGAACACGAUGAGUUGGUCAAGCUAUUUCAGAAGGCAUUCCUCCAUGAAAACGCCCUCAACCCAAUGGUGUACCCCAGCUUGAGGCAAAUGGAAACAGAGAUCGUGAGUAUGACCUGCUCUAUGAUGAACGGCAACCCGGCAACAUGCGGAUUUCUGACUUCCGGUGGCACUGAAAGCAUUCUAAUGGCCGUCAAAGUCUAUAGGGACAGAGCUCAAAAGUUGUAUCCUUGGAUCAAGAAACCUGAAAUUGUGUGCCCAGUAACGCAGCAUCCAGCCAUCGCCAAGGCUGCUCAUUAUUUUGGUCUCACUGUACGGUAUCUCCCAGUAAAGGAUGACAUGACCGCUGAUGUCUCAGCAAUGGAACAGGCACUGAACUCCAACACUGUGUUGGUGGCUUGCUCAGCGCCACAAUUCUGUCAUGGCGUCCUGGACCCAGUGGAGGAGAUAUCCAACAUGGCUGCCAAGCACGGUCUUCCGUGUCACGUGGAUGCAUGCUUUGGUGGCUUCAUGCUGCCUUGGGUUGAGAAGUUAGGCUACCCUGUACCUAAGUGGGACUUCAGAUGUCCUGGAGUUACAUCAAUCUCUGCCGACAUUCAUAAAUACGGUUACACUGUCAAGGGAGCUAGUGUCAUAGCCUACAGGUCAGAUGACUUGAGAAAGUUCCAGAUCUUUUCCUCCGGUUCAUGGCCAGGUGGUCUCUACGGCAGCCCCUCUAUGGCAGGAACACGACCAGGUGGAAACAUCGCAGCGGCCUGGGCAGCAAUAAACUCGCUUGGUGAGGAAGGAUACAUGUCUCGGGCAAGACAGUUGAUGGACAUCACAGACCAACUGAAAGCUGCUGUUACUGAAAUUGAGGGAUUGAAGAUAAUAGGAAAUCCUGUCAUGACUUGUUUUGCUAUAGGCUCCAGCGACCCCGAUGUUGACAUUCUGGCUGUUGCUGAUGUCAUGGAGAAAAAAGGCUGGACAAUGGAGCGUCAACAAAACCCAAGUUGUGUGCACUGCACGAUUCUACCUCAUCAUCAGAUAUCAUGUGACGACUUGGCUGGCGAUCUUAAGGAGAGUGUUACCAUAGUUAAAGGCAAUAAACAGUUAUCAAAACAGGGAACUGCAGGCAUGUACGGCAUGAUGGCAACCAUCCCCGACACGGCAAUAGUGGAAGACUUUAUCAAGGAGUUCUUUUCCGAAAUAUACAAGUUACAAUAA